AUGCUCACAGUCCUUUGUGUUAUACCAGCCUACCACAGGUGAGAGGGCUGAGAUCCUCCUGCAGUGGGUCUAGUGUCAGAGUUGGGGGUAGUCAUCUGAGGGGAAAGGGGACAGUAGUCAUAGAAGUUACUGUUAUACUUAUUUUGUUCCUCCAUUAUGACACUGAUGCUUCUGCCUUUUCCUACUGGUUCCAGUGUCAGUCCCUGGUCCUCCCAGUAACAGCAAUGUUGGUACAGGGGUUCUCACGGAGGCCUGUUCCAGUAUUGAUCCUGAGGGAACCAAGGAGAACAGGAGCCACACUUCUAGAACCACCACCAGAUACCUUGCAGGUACUCUACUCUUUUAGCUCAUACAAUCUACCCUAUGAAUUUACAUGGUUACAGUUAUAUUUACAUUUAGUCAUUUACCAGACACCCAGGAUAUUCUUUAAGCUAAAUAAUGAAUUCAUCACUAACAGUAACUGCAGCCUCUUCCUGUCUCCUCCAGGAGUGCCUGGAGUUUUGACACUGUGACCAUUGACAGACCUGGACUCUGUCCGCACAGAGAAGGCCCAGCAACACAUCCACAGCAGGCCAGGUGAGAGGCAGGAGCUAGGGGCUUCAACCAACAUUUAGAAGGAACAUUUAAAAGUUAACAUAAUAAACAUCUGUUUUACGUCACCAUAAGAUGCCAUUCAGCCAUUAAGUCUGUCAGGCACAUGAACAUGGUCUCUACACUGACCGGAGUGACUAUGACACACCCACACAGGAGCCAAGGGAUCUCAAGUAUACACCAUGUAAGUCUUUAUUUUUCAUUUUUUCAUUUUUUUCACCUUUAUUUAACCAGGUAAGCCAGUUGAGAACAAGUUCUCAUUUACAACUGCAACCUGACCAAGAUAAAGCAAAGCAGUGCGAUAUAAACAACAACACAGAGUUACAUAUGGGGUAAACAAAACAUAAAGUCAAAAAUACAACAGAAAAUAUAUAUACAGUGUGUGCGAAUGUAGUAAGUUAUGGAGGUAAGGCAAUAAAUAGGCCAUAGUGCAAAAUAGUUACAAUUUCGUAUUAACACUGGAAUGAUAGAUGUGCAAAUAGAGAUACUGGGGUGCAAAAUUAGCAAAAUAAAUAACAAUAUGGGGAUGAGGUAGUUGGGUGGGCUAAUUUCAGAAUGGCUGUGUACAGGUGCAGUGAUCGGUAAGCUUCUCUGACAACUGACGCUUAAAGUUAGUGAGGGAGAUAAGAGUCUCCAGCUUCAGAGAUUUUUGCAGUUCGUUCCAGUCAUUGGCAGCAGAGAACUGGAAGGAAUGGCGGCCAAAGGAGGUGUUGGCUUUGGGGAUGACCAGUGAGAUCUACCUGCUGGAACGCAUACUACGGGUGGGUGUUGCUAUGGUGACCAGUGAGCUAAGAUAAGACAGGGAUUUGCCUAGCAUUGAUUUAUAGAUGACCUGGAGCCAGUGGGUUUGGCGACGAAUAUGUAGUGAGGGCCAGCCAACAAGAGCGUACAGGUCACAAUGGUUGGUAGGAUAUGGGGCUUUGGUGACAAAACAGAUGGCACUGUGAUAGACUACAUCCAAUUUGCUGAGUAGAGUGUUGGAGGCUAUUUUGUAAAUGACAUCGCCGAAGUCAAGGAUCGGUAGGAUAGUCCGUUUUACGAGGGCAUGUUUGGCAGCAUGAGUGAAGGAGGCUUUGUUGCGAAAUAGGAAGCUGAUUCUAGAUCUAACUUUUGAUUGGAGAUACUUAAUGUGAGUCUGGAAGGAGAGUUUACAGUCUAACCAGACAUCUAGGUAUUUGUAGUUGUCCACAUACUCUAGGUCAGACCCGCCGAGAGUAGUGAUUCUAGUCGGGUGGGCGGGUGCAAGCAGCGUUCGGUUGAAGAGCAUGCAUUUAGUUUUAGUAGUGUUUAAGAGCAGUUGGAGGCUACGGAAGGAGUGUUGUAUGGCGUUGAAGAUCGUUUGGAGGUUUGUUAACACAGUGUCCAAUGAAGGGCCAGAUGUAUACAAAAUGGUGUUGUCCGCAUAGAGGUGGAUCCGAGCGUCACCAGCAGCAAGAGCGACAUCAUUGAUAUACACAGAGAAUAGAGUUGGCCCGAGAAUUUAACCCUGUGGCACCCCCAUAGAGACGGCCAGAGGUCCAGACAACAGGCCCUCCGAUUUGACACAUUGAACUCUAUCUGAGAAGUAGUUGGUGAACCAGGUGAGGCAGUCAUUAGAGAAACCAAGGCUAUUUAGUCUGCCGAUAAGAAUGCGGUGGUUGACAGAGUCGAAAGCCUUGGCCAGGUCGAUGAAGACUGCUGCGCAGUACUGUCUUUUAUCGAUCGCGGUUAUAAUAUCGUUUAGGACCUUGAGCGUGGCUGAGGUGCACCCAUGACCAGCUCGGAAACCGGAUUGCAUAGCAGAGAAGGUACAGUGGGAUUCGAAAUGGUCGGUGAUCUGUUUGUUAACUUGGCUUUCAAAUACUUUCGAAAGUUGCAGCGGAGGGUGCAGAGCUGGUGGCCGGCGUAGUGGUAGCCAGGUGGAAAGCAUGGCCAGCUGUAGCAAAAUGCUUGUUGAAAUUCUCGAUUAUUGUAGAUUUAUCAGUGGUGACAGUGUUUCCUAGCCUCAGUGCAGUGGGCAGUCGGGAGGAGCUGCUCUUAUUUUCCAUGGACUUUACAGUGUCCCAAAACUUUUUGGAGUUAGUGCUACAGGAUGCACAUUUCUGUUUGAAAAAGCUAGCCUUUGCUUUCCUAACUGAUUGUGUAUAUUGGUUCCUGACUUCCCUAAAAAGUUGCAUAUCGCGGGGGCUGUUCGAUGCUAAUGCAUGACGCCACAGGAUGUUUUUGUGCUGGUCAAGGGCAGUCAAGUCUGAGGAGAACCAGGGGCUAUAUCUGUUCUUAGUUCUGAAUUUUUUGAAGGGGGCAUGCUUAUUUAAGAUUGAGAGGAAAGCACUUUUAAAGAACAACCAGGCAUCCUCUACUGACGGAAUGAGGUCAAUAUCCAUCCAGGAUACCCAGGCCAGGUCAAUUAGAAAGGCCUGCUCGCUAAAGUGUUUUAGGGAGCGUUUGACAGUGAUGAGGGGUGGUCGUUUGACCGCGGACCCAUUACGGACGCAGGCAAUAAGGCAGUGAUCGCUGAGAUCCUGGUUGAAGACAGCGGAGGUGUAUUUAGAGGGUAAAUUUGUCAGGAUGAUAUCUAUGAGGGUGCCCAUGUUUACAGAUUUAGGGUUGUACCUGGUAGGUUCGUUGAUAAUUUGUGUGAGAUUGAGGGCAUCUAGUUUAGAUUGUAGGUUGGCCGGGGUGUUAAGCAUAUCCCAGUUUAGGUCACCAAGCAGUACGAACGCUGAGGAUAGAUGGGGGGCAAUCAGUUCACAUAUGGUGUCCAGGGCACAGCUCGGGGCUGAGGGGGGUCUGUAGCAAGCGGCAACAGUGAGAGACUUAUUUCUGGAAAGGUGGAUUUUUAGAAGUAGAAGCUCAAACUGUUUGGGCACAGACCUGGAUAGUACGAUAGAGCUCUGCAGGUUAUCUCUACAGUAGAUUGCAACCCCACCCCCUUUGGCAGUUCUAUCGAGAAGGAAAAUGUUCUAGUUGGGGAUUUUUGUAUUGUUAGAAAUAUAUAUUUAUUUUGAAAAGUAAAAAAAUUGUGAUCUUUUUUUGAAAUUUUGGAAAAAUUUCCAGGUCCAGGCGUGACCAUCUCUGAUUAUAGAAUAAUAUUAUGCCACUAACUAUAACCCAAUGUGAAAGUAACAAUUAUUUAUUUGUUUGUUAUGUGCUUGUGAGGCACUGAGAGCUAGCCAUGGACAUGUGACCAGUGGAAGUCUACCCCUCCGUAAAGCACGCCAUAGGAGAAGAGACACUCCUAGGUAGCCUUCACUGAAUCCACAGAAUUAAGUGACAUACUGUGUGUCUCCGCUAUAUUCUCUGACCACUGGCCACCUCUUGUUUCAUAUCUGUAUCGGAUCUGUCAGCAGGUAUGUGCUCUCUGUGGAUGAGGAUGAUGAGGAGGAUGAGGACUCAGAUGAGGGGUGUGUCCGCUGGAGGAAGAGAUGUAGGCCUAACAAGGCCACAGAGGGACGUGUGUGUACGGUGAGAGAUGACACAAUAACCAAAGAUAACUCCUGUGUGGGUUCAUGUCCAUUGAAUCUUAUGGGGAAAUCCACCUGUUGAUUGAUAAUGCUUGUUAACUCUUGUUCACUCCUUAUGAGUAAUUAUUCUCCAGCUGAGAUGUGCAAUCACAUGCCUCCUGAUGCUCUCUCUCUCUCUCUCAAACCCUUGAUUCCACACAGCAGAGGCCUGGGGGUUGCCUGGGGCAGGUGAUGUCAGACUGGCUAAAGAUGGAGGAGGAGCUGGCUACCCUCAGACAGGUGAGAUUUUCACUCUGCUCAUCUAUGUGUGUGGGGCAUGUUGUAGAUGGAACAUCUUACUUUUAAUGACAUCCAUGAAUCUUGCUCAUGAUGUUUGUGUUUUGUGUGUUCUUCUGUGUCAGUAUGUGUUGUUACGAACCGGCUCGUAGCCCGUAACAAAGAGGGAGACAAUGCGGAGAUAAAGAAAUAACAAAAAUAUAUUUAUUAAACAAAGUAAACUAUAUAAAAGUAACAAUGGUGUGUGUAGUCAGUAGUGUAAGUGAGUGGAUGGGUGCAUAGAUGGUGAUAAUGAGGGGUGUUGAGAGGUGCCAAAACAAACGAACACAAAGAAGCCCCAAAAUGCCCCAACAUAAACCAACAGUGUGUCUGCGUGGAGAGUUUCCCCGGGACACACCCGAGCCCAGGUGUAUCCCAUUUCGCUGACGACCCUCCCAGCUCCGCCCACCGACAUCCUAUUAAGGAAAACAAGAGCAGAGAGAAAGAAUUCGGCAGACAGAGUGGGAGGGUCGUCACAGUGUGUAUUCAUCUUUGUGUGGUAGGACUGUGAGGAGGAUGAGGAGAGCUCAGCUGUGUGAGACUGAACUGUCCCUUACCCCGCAUGUUGUUUUGACUCUGUUCCUUGUCUUGUGUAUCCCUGACCCCAGCUAAUGCUGAGAUGCGCUGUGUCCCGGCAUGCCGUGCUGGAGCAGCUGCGUGCGGGGGCGGAGCAGAUGGAGGGGAGGAGUCUGGAGGUCAGCCUGAGAGACAGCAAGGCAGAGGCAGACAGCAUCAGGUGCACACAUACUCAACCCUGUUACUGCCCUACUGCUGUAUAUCUCUAAGAACCUAGAAUCAGAGAUAAAGGAUACAGUAUGUUCAAACAAUCAUCUUAGGAACAGCUUAUACUGUUUCCCUACUGUACUCUACCCCUACUGUAUUCUGUAUAUCUAUAUUGUCUAUAAUGUUUAGGCUGAAUUCACAGUGAUUUAUUGAGUGUGUUGUAGUUCACUGCUGUCUGCAGGAGGUCAGGGAUCUGGAGGAGGAUCUGGCUGUGCUAUGUAAACACAGAACUUCCUUAACAGAUGGGACCAGGGUAACAUGCUUUUUUUUAGCCCGCCUGGCUCUUUUCCCAGCUCUAUUAUACUACUGAUUUGAUUAUUACAAUAUUUAAUCUUCCCCUCCCUCCCUUCCCUUCUCCCCCACUGUCUCAGAGAGUGACCAGUGUCAGUAUGUAUGUCCUUGAGAGAGAGGAGUUGGACAGAUAGCUGGGCAGUGCCAAAACAGAGUUGUUUGCUGAGCAGCGGCGCUCUAGACUCAAGCUGAACAGUAUUAGGCUGGUGCUCAGAGCAUGCUUUACAGUGACAGUCACUGCUUUGAAUGUGUUUGAAUUUGUUUCUCUCCAUCUGUUUGCUUAUGUGUGUAUGUAACAGAAGUUGGACAAGGCUUGUGAGGAGCUCCAGUGUGUGACAGAGGGGAGAGGUCUGUGGGACAGGUUUGAAGGUCUGGAGGAAAAACACAGGCAGAAACAGGAGCAGGAAGAGAUACCAUCUACCUAUACUUUCACCACACCUCAAUAUUUGUUUAAAGAUCUCACUCCUCUCUCUCUCUCUCCUAUCCUCUGUUUCUCAGGCAGUGGAGCUGCAGAAAGAGCUGUGGGAGAAUGAGAGCAGGGUGGGGUCUCUGGAGAGGACAGCAGCCCAGAAGGAGCUACAGCUGCUGGGGUUCCAUGAGGAGAAGAGUGCCUUGAAGUCAGAGAGGGAUGGGCUGCAGAGGGAGUUCCAGAGCCUAAGGGAGCAGCACAGCAUCUCCAUGAGAGGGACCCAGGAGCAGGCACUCAGACAGAUGGUUGGUGGGCUGGGUAGUCUCUAGUACACAGUGUCUAUGGAUGAGUCCGUUUAACUAUGUGUAUAAAUGUGGGCAACUCACUGUGUGCAUGAUAGUGUGAAAGCAUAUGUAGUUAAAUGUGUGUGUGCAGUAUGUAAGGGGUGGUUUUGUUUGUCUCCUUUAGCAGCGAGAGCUGAAGAAGUUGAAGGAAGAGUUGGCUUUAACUCAUGAGGAACAUAUCCAGCAGGUGAGAGGCUCUGGCAACUGGGUUUAUUGAACAUUAGCAAAGAUCCCGUGGUCCUCUGUAGCUCAGCUGGUAGAGCACGGCGCUUGUAACGCCAAGGUAGUGGGUUCGAUCCCCGGGACCACCCAUACACAAAAAAAUGUAUGCACGCAUGACUGUAAGUCGCUUUGGAUAAAAGCGUCUGCUAAAUGGCAUAUAUCUAUAUAUAUAUAUCAUAUCCCCGUAUUUCCUUUAUGUGUGUUCUAUCAGAUUCAAACACUGAUGUUUUUCUUGCUGCUGUGUGUCCAGGCUCAUAGGCAAGCUGAGGAAAAGAAAACAGUUGCGUUCAGAGAACAAGCCAUCUCUCACACACAGCACAUUGAGUCCACACAGAGCUGCAUCCAGGUCAGUAUCUCAGGCUGUCCUGUCCUCUAAAAGUAUCACACCACACCUUGCAUAACUGUUCCCUCCCACUCUGCCGCCCUCUGUCUCCUAUUCUAUGUCAGAUGAAAUGUAUUGUAAAACUUAAACAAACGUGAUAACACAGUAUCUGUUUUCUACCUUAGAUACACAGCACCAUAGAGCAGGAGAGGAAGAAAUGGGAGAUAGAGAAAGAAAAGGCUCUACAGGUGCAGUGUGGGAUACUGGAGGAGCAAGGCCGUGAUGCUCUGGAGAGAGUGAGGGGGAGACAGAGCGAAAAGAAGAAUGCCCUGGCUCUUCAAAACAAAGCACUGGAACUGCAGACAGGAAGCAGAACCAAGAUCACUGGUCACCAACAAACCAUCAGAUUGAACUUAAUUACCAUGAAUUAAAGGAAAUGGGUGAAGAAUAGAUACAGUAUGUCAUUCCUCUCUCCCUCCCAUGUCAGAGAGUGCAGGAGCUGGAGAGUGAGUGCCAUGUGCAGCAGAGGGAAAAGGUGUUAGCUCUGGUUGCAAUGCGUAGGUCCUUGAGAGAGGAGCACCAAGCUGAGCUACAGAGACUGCGCAGGCACAUGGAACAGGUGAUGACAGGCUAACCACCUCCUAAACUAGCAUCUAGAGAUCACUACAUACAUGACAACAUAUCAUGUACAAUGUAUAGUUUCCAGUGUAUGGUUGACAUGGUGGACUGACUGGGCUGUGGUUGUAGGAGGGCCAGAGGGAGGCAUUGAGGCUAGAGCAGGUUGUCCAGCAAGCAGAGGAGAAGGCUGGUAGACGGCAGGUGUUGCUGGGGGAGAGGGAGCACAGCCACAUGUAG